UCCUGUUCAGAUGCAGAGCACAAGCUCUUCUCUGGGAUAUUCUCCAACUACAACCAGUACAUACGACCAGUGGAAAAUGUGACAGACCCAGUCAUUGUACAGUUUGAGGUGUCCAUGUCACAAUUGGUCAAAGUGGAUGAAGUCAAUCAGAUCAUGGAGACAAAUCUGUGGCUGAGACAUAUCUGGAAUGACUACAAACUCAGAUGGAAUCCAAAAGAAUUUGGAGGCGUUGAGUUUAUCCGAGUGCCGUCCAACAGGAUAUGGAAGCCAGACAUUGUGCUAUACAACAAUGCAGUUGGAGAUUUCCAGGUAGAUGACAAAACAAAGGCCCUGCUUCGUUACAAUGGUGAUGUUACCUGGAUCCCUCCAGCUAUAUUCAAGAGCUCCUGCAAGAUUGACGUCACUUACUUCCCCUUCGACUACCAAAACUGCACCAUGAAGUUUGGCUCCUGGACAUAUGACAAGGCCAAGAUCGAUCUGGUGCUAAUUGGCUCAACCAUCAACCUCAAGGACUUCUGGGAGAGCGGCGAGUGGACGAUCAUCGAUGCCCCCGGUUACAAACAUGACAUAAAGUACAACUGCUGUGAGGAAAUCUACACGGAUAUCACUUAUUCUUUGUACAUCCGCCGUCUGCCACUUUUCUACACCAUCAACAUGAUCAUCCCCUGCCUCCUCAUCUCCUUCCUCACCGUGCUUGUCUUCUACCUGCCGUCUGAUUGUGGUGAGAAAGUCACUCUGUGUAUCUCCGUCCUGCUGUCUUUAACUGUCUUCCUCCUCGUUAUAACAGAGACCAUCCCCUCCACCUCACUAGUCAUCCCCUUGAUUGGCGAGUACCUCCUCUUCACCAUGAUCUUUGUCACCCUCUCUAUUGUCAUCACUGUUUUCGUGUUAAACGUCCACUACCGCACACCAAAGACCCACACUAUGCCCUGCUGGGUGCGGACUGUGUUCUUGGGACUGCUGCCCAGGGUGAUGUUCAUGACUAGGCCAGAGAGGGACCCCGGGCAGGUGACAGUGCCUGGCAGUGUUAAGACCAUGCAUUCAAGGCCCUGUGCCAUUCAUUCGUCAAGUACUUUGCAGAAGCAGCACAAACCUCAGGCCCUGGCCUCCAGCGUGGUGUCCAGUCUGACAAACCGCCAACGGCUUUUCAACAACACAGAGCUCUCCAACCUCAAUAACUUAAGUGGAGACCCGGCCAAAGGUGCAGGCUCCGCGUUUUUAUGCUGUGAGGGCCGCUGCAGCUGUGGCUGGCACCAGCGAUCCAGCAAACUGCCUGCAGACUCCGGGGGUGGGAGUGGAGGGCUGGGUAGCCUAGGGCCACUGACUGGAGGCAGUGCUGUUGGGGCCGGAGGGGGGAGUCGGUGCUCCAGCUCCGAGUCUCUGGAUGGAGGAAUCAUGUCCCUGUUGCCGCUCUCCCCUGAGGUCAGGGAGGCGAUCGAGAGUGUCAAAUACAUAGCAGAGAACAUGAGGCUACAGAAUGAAGCAAAAGAGGUUCAGGAUGACUGGAAGUACGUUGCCAUGGUUGUCGACAGGAUCUUCCUGUGGGUUUUUGUCCUCGUGUGCAUCCUGGGUACAGCUGGCCUCUUCCUCCAGCCUCUAUUACUUGUGGAGGACAUUUGAAUCAGUUUAACAACACUACUGUUGAACUAUUCGUUACAUACAAGAUUCUCACCAUGGCUUGGACAGAGGAAAUCUAGAAGGGAUCCAAAGUCAAGAAGGAAGGAUGACUGUGCCUGCCAAAUGUUGAUGCAUAUGAUUUAGUGACUGCUUUUUCACAGACAGAUUACUGGUAGAUGAUUUUUGUUUGACAAAGUGGUUUAGUGGUUUCUUCUGAGAACAAACAAUGGCAAUGACGAUGGUGGUUAGUCAUUUCAUUGCGUACAAAAUAAUUCUGCAGGAAAUGGCAAUAUAAUCUUUAAUGACAUGGAAACACUCUUGCAGAAUCAAAGUAAAGUAAUCUGGAUGAAUAAAUAAUGGGUAAACUGAAUAGGGAACUUUACUCACCUAAUUUCUUAUUAAAUGAGUAUGUACAUACAUUCACAAAUGCAAAUAUUAUGCUACUAGGAAGCUCAAACAUUUGGUCCAUAUUGAGCGCCAUGCCAAAAAUAUGUGUGUUUAUGGAGAACAGUCCAAACUGUUUUUUCAUUCAUUCAUAUUUAACAUUUUCAGUAUUUAACAUGGAUUUGUAAGAACCAAGCAAGGAUGUUGAUGAGUUUAAAGAGUGACAUCAUGUGGUAAUUCCUUGCUACUGCAGUUAAGGGGAUAUGUCACCCAGUUUGUCAUGAUCUCUGUUGUAUCUUAUUCCCAGGCGUAAAAUGUUGUGAAAAGUUAUACUGGUACUUUAUGCUUUCAGUGCAUAACGAGAACCGCUGUUUAAUCUGCAUAGCAUGACCUUCUGGACUAGGUGACUUGAGAAAAAGUCAUCUAGAAUUUAUUUGACCAUGCAAAUUGGCUAAUUACCCUGAAAGUAUUUUGAUGUGCGAAGAGAAAAAACAUAUAAAUACAAGUUUUACGCAUAUGUCUGUAAAUAAAUCUUUAAAAUAGUUAUGUAAAGGUGAACCUAUUGUAUCUGUGGUUUCUCUGAUCAAAUACUGGAAUCAAAAGCU